AGACUACACUGGGUCUGUAUGUGUGGGCGGGGCUGACGUGUGUGCGCGCUCCCGACGUUGAGUUCGUUGUUUGGUUUCAUUAGGUACUGGUUACCUCGGCAGUGACUCGAGAUUAUUUCUUGAUUGCAGGUGUAACGUCUCAGAUUUUACCAAGACUAAUGAUGAAGUUGUUAUUCAUAGAAGUACUAAUCUUCUUUCUUCAUUCUUCAGCAGCAGAUUUUGACCUUCGGACAAAUUCAUCUGUGGUGGGCUCUCUGGCUGGGACAGUCUCUUUGUCUUGCUCUCUUUCUCCUUCCCAGGAUGCACUUGGCAUGCAGGUUGAAUGGUUUUAUGGCGAAAGUAUUGGAGAUGUUCAAGUAUUCUCCUACAACAAUGGAAAAGGUCAAGGAAGUAAAGGAUACGAAUUCCGUGCAAAAAUGGACCAGUCACAGAUGACCACUGGUAUUCUUUCUCUGGUCCUUUCCAAUCUGACCAGCGCAGACAGUGGAAAUUACUGGUGUAAAGUAAUCGAUGGGGCAUUGGAAAAAUAUGUAAAGACAGAAUUAAAAGUAGGGCAUAUGGGCACCAGGCCUGAAUUCCAAAUGGACAAGUAUGUCUCCCGCAUUGUAACUCUCACAUGUGUGUCUAAUGACUGGUACCCAGCUCCAGUGGUAUCAUGGGUAGUGGGAGAAGAUGGAAAGCCAAUGGCAAGUGAGAAGUCAGAAAAUAUUGCAAAUAACAAGGAACACAUUAAUGUCAAAGAAACACUGAGCAUGAGAGCAGAAAAUGAUCUUCAGGUGACCUGCAUAAUGUCAAACCCAGUGCUUGGUACCAAGACCCAGGAGACUCUACGAAUCACUGGUGAUUUCCCCCCAGAUGUUUCACCCUGGUUCAUUGCGUUCAUUGUGCUUUUCCUAAUAGCACUUGCCGUUGCUGCAUGGGUUGCUUGGAAGUUUUGGGAGAAGAAGAAAAUUAUUAAGGAAAAGAAAGCCCAGGCAUCUGAAGCAGAGAAAGAGCCCUUACUGGAGGAGUUUGAAAGGGAAAAGAAGGAUGCCAAAGCAGAGUAUGAGAAACUGAAGAAAGAAUUGGACCAAGCAAGGGUAGUCAAUGACUCAGAAUGGAAGCGCAUUCAAAACCAUAAGAAUUCAACUGUAACCUUGCUAAAUUCAGAUGAUAAAUCCAACACCCCUUUCUCUGGAGGUCAUCACUAUUGGGAGGUUGAGGUUGGUGAAAAAUCCUGGGUUGCGGGUUUAGCCAAAGAAGGUGUCGAAAUAAGAGGUGGAUGGGACGUUUUAAAGAAAAUGUCUCCUGGCGAAGGAAUGUGGGCUUUGGCUCAUAAAAGUAACCAAAUUUACUGUGCCCUGAUCCCAACAUCCACUGGUCCAUUUCCCAUCACUCCUGCAUCAGACCCUAAAAAAUUAGGAUGUCUUCUUGACUGGGAUGAAAAGCAGCUAUCUAUUUAUGAUGUGGACAGAAAGCACAGGCUCUUCACCUUUGACUGUGACUCUGACAAACCUGUUUACCCAUUUCUACGCCUGAAUAUCUGAUACUUAUGACCAUAUACAGCCCAGCACAUUGAAACAGGGAGUACAUACAAGUGGAUUUCAUGUAUGCCACUCAGGAGGGACAGUGUGUGCAUCUGUGUAUGAAUGUGUGCAUGUGAGUCUUGCUAUAGAUUUUUGAAGGUGUCUCCAUUUAAUUAGUAACUCAUGACAGAAAUUAUGAAUGUCAGCAUUUUUUAAAUAAAAUUUUACUAUUUUAUUUUUAACUCUAAUCUCCAAAACUAAAACUGUCUAAACUGAUAUGAUUGAAGAAUUCUCUACACAACACACAUUUCAGCUGCAAUUUAGAAAGAAAUGCUCUUGAAAAAUUAUUUUAUUCCAUUGCAGGAAUUUCACUCAAGUUCACCUUGGUUCAAGAUGAUCCCUUUUACAGCUAUUGUGCUUUUGCAAGAGAAACAUACAUUUUAAAAUAACCUUGUAUGCAAAACUGUAAAAGGUUGCUAAUAGAAUACUAAAUAUGUACAAAAUUAUUUAUAGUACAUGGUGUAUUGACUCUGUAGAAGAAUGCGUACAAGCUUUGUUAGAUUGUCAACAGUAGAGUAAUCAGUGGGCUAAGGUAGGUGGAAUGUGUACCGAUGUCCUGAGAAGGGAGUCAAUAAAAUUGGAAGAGCAUGAUUCAGUUUAAAAAAAAAAAAAAAUAAAUAAAUAAAUAAAAAAAAACUGGUUUUGACUAAUGCUUUAGGAAUUAAUGCAGUUUACGUUGAUCAUUUUCAUUGCUCAUUUAAAAGCAUUUUGAAAAUAAGUGUCAUAAAUGUUUAAAUUGUGGAGUGAGACCUGCAGGUGCUCUUGUCCUUCCGGAGUAGCCUGUAGGCUUUCAGGACUUCCAUUUAUGUUCACCUGAUCAGUGGGAAGUGAAGAAAAAUUAACUUUAGUAAGAGAAACAGCUUUUUGUAUUGCUUUGAAAUUCUGUUUGUAUGCUGCUUAUUCAAUGAGGCUGGUGUUAACAAGUGAUCUGAGGUAUCUUUUAUAAGGGCUUCUAAAUCUUGUAAUAUGUGUUCCUAUGCCUUGCUUAAAAUGAGCUGCUUUGUUCCUGCUAAAUCACACCUCAUAUUUUCUUUGAACAUUUUUUUGUAAAAUAAUACUUAAAGGGCAGUAGUAUACAAAAUUAAUUGUACUAUUUUUAUAUGUCAAUGUAUUUUUCAUUUUUGCGAGAUGUUCUUUAGUAUUGUAUAGUAAUGGUUCAUUCAUUUCUAUAAUUGCUGGGAAUGGGAACACAAAUUUGCCAUUGCCAUUUAACAAAAAUCUACUUUCAAAACAUUUUCAGACAUUACAGCUCAAUAAAACAUUACACUGUAAGAA